CGGCCCUCGCGGCCCUGGGGAUGGGCGGAGCCCCGGCCGCCUGUGCUGGUGGCCGCCGCCGCUCCGGGAGCCCGAGCCGCCGCCUCUUCCCGCGCGUCGCUGCUUCCCAGGGCGGGGGGAUGCUGGGCAAAGGGGUGGUCGGCGGUGGCGGCGGCCCCCGGGCGCCGAAACCCUCCUUCGUGUCCUACGUGCGCCCCGAGGAAAUUCACACAAACGAAAAGGAAGCAGCAGAGAAGGAAGUAACGCUUCACUUGUUGCCAGGGGAGCAGCUGCUCUGCGAAGCCAGCACGGUCCUGAAGUACGUCCAGGAAGACUCCUGCCAGCGAGGCGUCUAUGGGAGGCUCGUCUGCACGGACUUCAAGAUCGCGUUCCUGGGCGACGACGAGUCUGCGUUGGAGAGUGAUGAAACCCAAUUUAAGAAUAAGAUCAUAGGAGAAAAUGACAUUACACUCCACUGUGUUGAUCAGAUUUAUGGAGUGUUUGAUGAGAAAAAAAAAACCCUCUUUGGACAACUGAAGAAAUACCCUGAGAAGCUCAUCAUCCACUGCAAAGACCUCCGGGUAUUCCACUUCUGUCUGAGGUACACAAAGGAAGAGGAAGUCAAAAGGAUUGUCAGUGGCAUCAUCCAUCACACCCUGGCUCCUAAACUGCUGAAGCGAUUGUUUCUCUUCUCCUAUGCAGCCGCUGUGCACAGCAACACACCCACCAAUCCCCAAAACCAUACUGUAAUGUUCGACACACGGGAGGACUGGUGCUGGGAACUGGAGCGGACCAAAGGCAACAUGAAGUACAAGGCAGUGAGUGUCAACGAAGGCUACAAAGUCAGUGAGAGGCUGCCCGCGUACUUCGUUGUCCCCGCCCCUCUUCCUGAAGAGAGCGUGUCGCGCUUCCAGGGCCACGGCGUCCCGAUAUGGUGCUGGUCCUACCACAAUGGAUGUGCCCUUUUGAAAAUGUCAGCGCUGCCCAAGGAACAGGACGAUGGCAUUCUGCAAACCCACAGGAGCUUCCUGGACGGAGUUUACAGGGUCAUCCACAGGCCACCCUACGAAAUGGUCAAAACUGAAGACCUGUCAAGCAACUUCCUGUCCCUGCCGGACAUCCAGACUGCGUACUCCAAGUUUAAACAGCUGUUUCUGAUAGAUAACAGCGCUGAAUUUUGGGACACAGAUAUCAAAUGGUUUUCUCUGCUGGAAAGUAGCAGCUGGCUCGACAUAAUCAGACGCUGCCUGAAGAAGGCGAUCGAGGUCACAGAGUGCCUGGACGCACAGAACACCAACGUCCUCCUUGUAGAGGAGAACGCUUCCGACCUCUGCUGCCUCGUCUCCUCCCUGGUGCAAGUGAUGAUGGACCCGCACUGCAGAACCAGGGCCGGCUUCCAGAGCCUCGUCCAGAAGGAGUGGGUCGUGGGCGGCCACUGCUUCCUGGAUCGCUGCAACCACCUGCGGCAGAGCGACAAGGAGGAGGUCCCCGUGUUCCUGCUUUUCUUGGACUGUGUCUGGCAGCUGGUGCACCAGCAUCCCCCGGCGUUCGAGUUCACGGAGACGUACCUGACGGUCCUGUCCGACAGCCUGUACAUCCCCAUCUUCAGCACCUUCUUCUUCAACUCGCCUCAUCAGAAGGAAGCGAACGUGGGCGGGGAAGGCCGGGAUGCGCACGGCGCGCCUCUGCACCUGCUCACCGUGUGGGACUGGUCGGUACAGUUCGAACCCAGAGCCCAGACCUUGUUCCAAAACCCUCUGUACGUGGAGAAGCCCAAGCUGGACAAAAGCCCGCGGAAAGGAACGCAUCUCAAACACCAGCGACAGCUUUCUCUGCCGCUCACCCAGGCUAAGUCAUCUCCCAAAAGAGGAUUUUUCAGGGAAGAAACAGAUCAUUUAAUUAAAAACCUUCUGGGCAAGAGAAUUAGCAAACUGAUUAAUUAUUCGGAUGAGCUGCAAGACAACUUUCGAGAGUUCUAUGACAGCUGGCACAGCAAGCCCGCCGACUACCACGGCCUGCUGCUGCCGCACAUCGAGGGGCCCGAGAUCAGGGUCUGGGCCCAGCGCUACCUGCGCUGGAUUCCGGAAGCCCAGAUCCUGGGCGGGGGCACGGUGGCCAUGACCAGCCGGCUCUUGGGGAUGAUGGAGGAAGUGCGGAGCUUACAAGAGAAGGUCAGCGAGAGACACCUCCACCAGAGGGCCCUGCAGGCGGAGGCGCCGGCCCUGCCGCGGAGCUCGGCGCGCCUGUCCUCCCUGUUCCCCUUCGCGCUGCUGCAGCGGCACCCCUCCAAGCCCGUGCUGCCCACCAGCGGCUGGAAGGCCCUGGGAGACGAGGACGAUCUGGCCAGGCGAGAAGAUGAGUUUGUGGACCUCGGGGAGGUGUGACCUGGGUCGGUGGCUGUGGGAGAGGAAGCGAGACUGGGACAGGAGGCCGCUCGUGCACACGCUGCUGUGGACUGUGUGACGCGGAAGCCACGCCGGGGGGAGGCCGGCGGCCCGAGCUCCCGAGGGAAGCGGCCUCAGGAGGAGAGCCGGCUCUCUAUCAUGGUCCUGGGAGACGAGGCAGUGAAAACCGUCUCUAGUGUCAGUCUCUGCUCCCGACGCAGAAGUAUCAGCCGGAAUCGGCCGCAGCCGCUUUACUGCUAAGAAGGGCCGUGGUCAGAUAUUCCUGGAUCGGUUCUCUCAGAGCCUCUCGGUGCCAAGAUACCUUGCCGGGCACCGGACACGGUCACUGCUCCCUAACGCGUCUCAGUCCGGAGCAGGCUCAGCUCCGUGGGAUGUGCGUGGCGACAGGGAGGGUUCGGGUGGAGGCACGGAGAUGUAUGGCAUUCACGUAGCACACCCCGCAUCGCUCCUUCCUGCAUCGCUGGCCCCUGGGAGGCGGAAGCCGGCCCUCCCGGUCACCAUCCUGCGUGGCAGGCCGCCCCCUCCUGCAGGGCCGGUCACUUUGUGCGGGGUGCUGGGCCCGCCACCCACGCCACCCUUUUCCACGUGCCGGGGCCUCCCGGUCUGCUGCUCCGUCCAUCGCCCGUCCCUCCGUGCUGCCGGCUGCGGGGCGUGGUCCCGGGCCCUCCGUGCUGCUAAGCUGGUGGUGACGCUGGGGGCUCUGUGGUUCGCCCAGAGGCUUCUGUUCUGGAGGCGCAGCGUGUGCGGGGGGUUGCUUGGCCUUUUCCCAGCUGCAUGCCCAGGCCUCGGAGCGUCAGUGACCGGGCGCCUGCAGAUGCUCCCCCACGUUCUCUGUCCCCGACAGACUGGUGAGGGUCACCGCUGGCCGUGGCUUUCCUAGGAGGAGUUAAGCGUAAACAUCAGAGCGAUGGCUAUCCGAUUGUGCCUCAGCGAUUUAAAAAGCCAUAGAGAAACCUGACUGCUGGGCAGCCUUCUCGCCCCUGCUGUCUGACUGGCCUGUGCUUCACACGCGGAAAGGACACUUCGCUAGGACCAGCGUUUCGUUCUCAGCGGAACCCCGUUCAGCCCACGAAAGGAAGGGCAGGAAAACGGCUAAGGUUAGGGCGGUUGCCUUCCAAGUACGUUUGCCGUCCGGUGCAGACCCCCGCUUAGUACAGGUUUGGAAACACGUCCGUUUGUCCCGGGCAGUGAGAAGCGUGCAGUUUCUCGGGGUGCACGGAAUCGUCUUCUGUCCGGACCAGAGACGGCCGGGUACUCCCCCAGGAGCCGGGCUGGUCUGUUAAGACGGCCGAGGCUGGGCGGAGGGCGGGCUCCGCAUUGGGGCCAAGCACGCGCCCGGCCUCGGUCGCCUGCAGAGGCUCCCGGCGAGGUCGGUGCGGCUGGCAGGAGCUUUCGCCAGUGCACUCGCUCAUAGCCACCUGCCCACGCUCUGGGCCUGCCACUAACCGCCACUUCUCUGCCCGGAGCCCCCAAUGCCGACGGAGCUGUUUUGUUACCCUUAUUAUAGCCUGAGUAUUUACACAGUGGCCUCUCCAGUCUUAGGAUCUUAGCAGUUUUCAUUCCAGAAGCGCCGGUGCGAUGCUUUACACUUCACAGAGUAUGGUUUAAAGGCACAAGGUCAUGGCCCUUGUCAUAGCAGUUGAAUGUGCAUUGAAAUAUUUUUCUAUGACUUUAAAAAAAUUACAGUAGAAAAAUAAACUGUUAUAACAUGGAAGGUCAUGACAAUUUAUGUAUUUAUAUUUGAAAUCAGAUUUCUAUAAACUUGUAUUUGUGUACAGAAUUCUCAGUGGGUUUAUAUAUUGUGAUGUUUUUAUUCAAAAUUGAAAUGUGGGUUAUGCUUAACAGUUAAAACUGAAAUGAGACCAUUUGCUUUGUUUAAGAUGCUGCACUGUGCCCGAUUGGAAAUGUACAGUAACUUACCGCGUAUAAUAUCCUGAGUUUGUUUAUACCUCCAAGUUUUUACACUGAAGAUAACUUAGCUGUAAUUACAUGUAAAACUUUUUUUUAAGGGAAUAAGCUGUUGGGCUAAAUCUGUAUAAAUGUGCGUUUUAUUUUUUGAGCGUACAAUGAAAGUUUACUUGUAUCUCACUGCGCCAUGUCUGAUUGCAGAAAUUAAAGCACAAUUUACCAGCAA